AUGGCGAAUACUGAACUCUUGAGAGAGUUGUCUCCGAGCGAGAAAGCUUUACAAGGGCAACAUGACAUAGCAUCCACAACUGGACAUGGAUUUCUCAUCUACGACAAAUCAUUCAGAGAAAUUACUGGCUCUUCUCCAGCUUUGAGAUGCGUAGUCGAAGAUGACUUGCCCUUUGCACAUGAAGCUGGUGUAUACCUGCCUGACCAGGAUUCGCUGUUUGUCACCAGUAACAGGUGCAAGUGGAAUCAGACCGAUGAUGCUUCCAUCAUGAUCCACAAGCUCGAAAGAGAGAGUGACGGCAGGUGGACGAAGAAAAGGGUCGAGACCGAUGUCACCAUGGCAAACGGAGGUGUCAAUUAUCAGACCGGUAUACUUUUCUGCUCUCAAGGAGACCACUCGUCCAAGGGCGGUCUCGUAUUCAUGGAAGCCGCGGCCCCUUACAAGGUCCAGACGCUCGUGAACAGCUAUCAUGGGCGAAGGUUCAACUCAGUCAACGAUGUCGUGAUCAAAUCGGACGGGUCAGUGUGGUUCACCGACCCGAUCUACGGCUCAGAGCAAGGAUUCUGCCCGAAGCCGCAGUUGCCAAAUCAGCUGUAUCGCUUCGAACCAGAGACCGGAAACAUCAGGGCAGUCGCCGAUGGAUUCGGGCGACCGAAUGGACUGUGUUUCUCUCCUGAUGAACAGACACUCUAUGUAACGGAUACAGAGUGGAUUCAUGGUGACGGUACAACAGACGAUACUCGCGUGUCUUCGAUCUAUGCCUUCGAUGUGAUUCGGCGUUCAGGGACGGAUUUCUUGGCCAAUCGUCGGCUUUUUGCGAUGGCAGAUACUGGCAUUCCAGACGGCAUCAAGUGCGAUACAGUUGGGAACGUAUAUUCAGGAUGUGGAGAUGGCCUCAACGUCUGGAAUGCUGGAGGCACUUUGAUCGGCAAGGUUCUAGUACCUGGAGGUGUGGCAAACUUCUGCUUUGGCCGCAGUGGGGAAUUGUUCUUGCUGAACGAGACCAAGUUUUGGGUCGCAAGCAUAGCUUCUUCAGCCAAAGGUGCUUUGCUGGAGGGUAUGGGGGUUGACUGUGACAAGCUUAGCAAGAGCAGCCGUUCUUCUGUCAUAUAA